AUGGAUGCUGAAAAAAUAAAUACGUGUAGAGGAUAUACAGAAAACAUUACUAAAGAGUUGUUUACAAAAAUUCAAAGUUUAAUUGCACUAUAUAAAAGUUUGGCAGAAAUACUCAAAUCAGUAGAACAACAACAACAACAACAAGAUGAAGGUGAAGAUGAUGAUGGAGGUGAAGAUGAUGAUGGAGGUGAAGAUGAUGAUGGAGGUGAAGAUGAUGAUGGAGGUGAAGAUGAAGAUGAAGAAGUAGAAGCAGAAGAAGAUGAUUGUCAUAAUAAUACAUUAUUUGUUACAGUGUAUGAGAGCUUAAAAGAUACUUGUAACUUGAACAGUGACAAUCAUCUUUGUAAUGAAGUAGAAAAAUUUCGAAAAACAUAUAACCAUUUAAUGUAUAAAACAUACAAAUGUAAUGAAUUUGAAUAUUUACCAUCCUACCAAAAACACUCCGAAGUAUCUUCAAUUACAACUCCUAUUGUUGCAUUCUCUGCAAUGUCAUUCGUUUCAUUUAUUACGUAUAAGUUUACACCAUUUGGCUCAUGGAUACGUAAUAGAAUAUCAGGAGGUAAUAAUCUGAUGAAUAAAAUAGAUAAAAAAAACAAAGAAACACAAUAUAAUUCAGAAAGGCAAGAUACACCAUACAGAGUAGGAUAUCAUUCUUCAAGAUAA